AUGCUGAACUUAACGUUCUUUGAUGACGACGGAAGCUUUUGUCGCAUCCAGGAAGCCUUCACCGUUGCCUCGGUGAUCAACCCGCUGAUGGCCAUAGGCAAGCUGUUUCGAGAAGGCUGGGAGUUGCGAGUGAACGAAGAAGAAAGUAUGUGUCUUACAGACGGAAGCUCAAGAAUACCAGUGCAUCUCCACAAGAACAGCUUGGCAGCCUACGCCUACGUACAAACUCCUUCAAGAAGCAGAAGUUACAGCAGCAACAACUACAAGAUGGUUCGGACAGUUGUUCAGCUCAACAAGCACGUUCAGGAAGCAGUGAACAGAGAAGAACCUGGUUGGCACAACACAGACAGCAUGGUGAUCGUGAAGUACGCCACUCAAAGCAGCUACGAGAACCCAUCUCUCAUGUAUAGCCCUACGCACUUUCCGUACAGAAGCACUUUGGUGAAAGAAGAGAGAGGAUGGAGAGCAGUUGAAGUUUCAAAGAAGUACUCCGAGAAGGCAGACCCUUUUGAAGAGUUUGCAGAAGGAGAAAAGGAAGUGGUUACAGCCAUUUCAGCAAAGCCAAUUCCACUUUGGAUCCUUGGCACCCCUUACGCAGCUGGAGAUCGAGCAGAGCAAGAAAGUCAUGGUCGUGACUACUGGAAAGUGGACCUCGAGAAGGGAGAAGUUGUUCGUCACCACGUAGUACCGAGAACUGUGCUGUUUGACCCGACAGGAGUUGCCAACUGUCCUGUCCUCCUUGGAGAUCUUGAGAACAGCAGGUAUACCCAAGGAGACUGCAUCUACAGUACGGAGAUCUACGAACACAGCGACGACUGGAGAGCAGACCGCCUACCUCUACGUGAACACUUUCGUUUGCCGUGGUUUGGUCAAACAAGGUUCCGUGUGAAGCCAGAAGUUGUUGAAGACCUAAAAGCAGAAGCUGCAGCAGAGGAGCUAAAGAAGAAGAAAGAAGAGCACUACCAAAAGAAGGAAAACUCAGCAGCACCACCAGCAGCAGAAGAGAGCAAAGAUGAGGAGAUGAGAGAAGCACAAGCAGACCAAGAAGCACCACAAGAAGUUGUUGAAGUUUUGGAGGAAAGCUUCUACCACGAAGGCGUCGAGUACACAGCGCAGAAAAGCAGUCUUAAGGAACUACAAGCACUUUGCAGAGAGUACAGAGUGAAGACAACAGGAAGCAAGAAGCAGCUCUUGAAGAGACUCGCCACAGCAGUCAGAGAAGAAAGGCUCAGCACGCAACACAAGGAACAACGGGAACACCACCAAGCAUACCACCUAGCACCACCACAGGAACCAACGGAAGAGGAGAGAGCGUACCACAACUUGACGCACCUUCCGUAUCAGCCUUGGUGUCCCCAUUGCGUUGCUAUGAAAGCACGAGAAGACAACCACAAGAAAGGUUUGAGCAAGCCAAGCAGCUCUACGGAUUCCGCGAAGCCCGUCAUCAGUUUUGACUUUUGCUAUACAAGCACCACAGGAAGUGAAGAGCCACCAGCAGUGACUCUUGUCGCUGUGGACAGCUGGAGCAAGGCAGUCUUGGCGGUGCCCUGCAAGAGGAAAGGAGGAGCAGGAAGCACAACGCACCUCGCGGAAGCACUCGUGCAGUUCACCACGCAGCUCGGGUACAACACCCUCGUUCUCAAAGCAGACAACGAGAACGCAGCCAAAGCACUCAAGGACAAAGUACAGAAAGUACGCAGCAGCCUUGGACUUUCUACAACACUACAGGAAAGCAUUCCUUACGACCACGAAAGCAAUGGAGCCGCAGAAAGAGCAAUACAAACAGUACGGAGGCAAGCGAACACCAUUCUCGAUGAAGUCAGAGAAAGAACACAGCUGGCAAUACCACACGAGCACGCAGUAGUAAGCUGGGCGUUUAGACACGCCUGCUGGCUACUCAACAGGUUCGCAGUGAGCAGCUCCACAGGAAGAACGCCACAGGAAGUUAUCCACGGAUACCCCUACUCAGGGAAACUUGUACCCUUUGGUACUGUUGUGAUGGCGAAGAGGUUGAAGAUCAAGAAGAAAGGUGACAGGAUAUGGAACGCAGGAAUAUUUUUAGGCAAGACAGAGCAAGACACAUGGAUCGUUGCACAGCCUGAUGGCAUACAUAUCACACGCAGCGUGAGACCACUACCAGAACAGUACGACUCCAAAAGAACAAGCAGCAUAGAGGUCCAUACCUGGAACCUCAACACACCACUCCUUGGAGCAAGAGUACUUCCAGAGAAGAAGCAAAGACAACGACCACAGCUAAGCAUCCUGCCCCCUGUUGCCGAGGAAGAACGCGAACAGCUCGAGAACGACGAGGCCGCUAGCGACCCUCCGAGUUCGGAGGACAGCAGUGAAGAGCAGCAACAAGCACUUGAAGACAGAGAGGAACAAAGUGAAGCCAGCAGCAUGAGUGUGACGAGAGACAGGAAAAGAAGAGCUGAAGUUGAUGACGAGACCCUUGUGGAGGAACUCAGAGCAGUUGAGCCACUUACAGCCUCAGCAGAAGCACUUUCAGCACCAGCUGAACCAAGAGCAGAAGCAAGCAAGCACAGCCUUGAGCCUGAGGAACCAAGCUCACCCAGCAAGCUACGAAAGCAAGUUAACAGAGCAGAGGAAACAGACGGUUACCUCAACAUGCCUCAUGAUGAUGAAGUCUACGAAGCAGAUGAUGAGUUUGUGUACGAGUCGGAAGAAGAAGAAGAGGAGACAGAGAGUGAACCAACGGAAGUUUCUACCAAGGUCCCUGUCGAGUUCUUCGACGAGGAGAAAGGACCACCGAACGUGGAUCCGGCUUUUCUUCAGAAGUUGGAUGAUGAAGCUACAGUCAAAGAAAUCAAGAGGUUAACAAAGAUGGGAGUUAUUUCGUUGGUUUCUACGGACCCUCAGGAAGCAACUGAGAACGUACCUCUGGUAGAUUCAGAGCAAGAACUUCACAAGUGGUUGACAACAAAGUUGGUGAAAGAUUGGAGGUUCAGAGAAGCUACAGGUUUUGAAGCUGAAGAAGCCAAAGAAGGAACAACAAAGCCCAAGCAGAUUCAAAGAUGCUGGCAACGACGAAUUACAAAACUGGUGCCCAUGUUGGCUCUCGCCAACCAUUGGGCGAUCUACAGUGUCGACGUGAAGGUCAACGCGACGCAUCCAGUCUUUGGUCAGACUUUUGUGAUGGUCUUUUGGUGGAAGAGAAGUUUGAGCGUUGUACAGCAGUUCCAGCACUUUACCGUCUUCUACGACAAGGUGAACUACGACGUGGACUCCUUCGACGAGGCAAAGAAAGAAGUGACAGAGAGAGCAGAGAAGUUGAAGAAAGUUGAGGAAAGCCUGGAGAAGGAAAAGGAGCAGUUCGGAAACCAAAAGACAGAGUUUGAGGAGACAGUGAAAAGGUUUUUGAAGAAGCAGAAGGAGGUGAAGGAAAAGGAAGACAAAGUUACAGAAAGAGAAGAGAAGUUAGAGAAAGACCAAGAGACCCUCCAAGAACAAGCCAAGGUCUUAAGCGAGAAGGAGACAGCCCUCGAAGAAGCUGAGGAGAACGUCAAAGCAAAGGAAGCAGAGGAAAGAACCGCCGGCUACGACCAGGAGAGAGAAGAGUACGCCAAGAAGUACGUUGACGACGCAAAGAAGGACUUGGAGAGAGAGCCUAAAGUGCUAAAGCAAGAAGAGAAAGUAAGGAACCAGAAGCUCGACGACCUCCAGUACGACUACAAGAGCCUCAAGGACGACUACCAGUACUUCAAAGGUUACUCACAGGAAGUGGACGCACUUCUACUUGCAGCUAAGGACAAGAUCGUGAAGUACAAGAAGAAGGUCAAGAGCCUCAAGGAAACCUUAGGUGCAACCUUGUCUGGAAGCGAAGGUGAAGAAGAGACAGAAGAAGCGUACAAGAGCAAAGCAGAAGAAGAGAAAGAGAAGAAAGAAGCGCAGGCAAAAGAGGAAGAGAAGAAGAAAGGAAAAAGGCCAAAGCAGGUAGAGACAGAAGACCAAGAAGAGAAGCCGUCAAGCAACCAAGGAGACGAAACUACCGUCGACCCGAACGACAUAGCCGAGUUCACGCAGCUUGGCUACGUGUGGGAGUUCAACAAGAAGACGCAAGAGUACCGCGCGAAGUGUGAGGACAAGAAAGGAGCCCCAAGAAUCAAGAACGCUCCGGUGAAAGGCCGCCUCCUUUGGAACAAGGUAACGGAGUGCUACAGGAAACACAACAUUUGGUUUACAGACGGAAAGGAAUUGGAUAAAUUCCUCGAGACCAAGGAGAACGAGAAGAUCGAGGAAGAGGUGCAGCGACGCAUCCACGCGAAAGGCAAGCACGACAACCAAGGAACGAAGGGAAAAGGCCCUUCCUGGGACGAUGGACAGAACGACGGUUGGUGGUACAACGAGCAGUGGAACAACGAGAACUGGAACACCACCGACGACGGCAGCAACUGGUACGAGAACGCGAACCCGCACAACAAAGGCUACUGGCAGACGCCUGAAGAGUGGGCGCAGCAGAACCAGUGGGACCAGUGGACACCCAAAGGAAAGGGUAAAGGCAAGAAGUCCAAGAACUGGGUACAGACCCAGUGA